AUAAUCUGUUGGCUCAGAUCUGCUGCUGCCACGCCCGUGCUUCUCGGGAUCUCUGAGUUCUGUUGCAGUUACCCUGUGCCUUUUCCCUUUCACCUAAAUGACCCUGAAAUGUGGCUGCUUUGAAAGGCUUUGCUGAAUGCAAAAUGGAUUUUCCUCCCAGCUCUUUGGGUAGAAGCUAGCUCAGGGAUUCUUAACUGCAGUGGGGAGGGUUGCCAGGUCUGGGCUGUGAUUGGAUUUUGCGGCCAGGGGUUUUCUGGUUUUCAUUAAAAUUCCCUGGCUGUCUUCCGGGUUUGCUCCACUGGAUAUGAUUGUGCCCUGGGGCUGGUUGUGCUGUGUUCUCUCAGCUACACACACCUAUGAAAUUACAGUGACACUGAGAUCCAGAGAAAAUAGACGCUGUGUAAAUGAGUAUGGAAGAUUAUGAUUUCCUGUUCAAAAUUGUUUUAAUUGGCAACGCUGGUGUGGGGAAGACGUGCCUAGUCCGACGAUUCACUCAGGGUCUUUUCCCCCCAGGUCAAGGAGCCACAAUUGGAGUUGAUUUUAUGAUUAAGACAGUAGAGAUUAAUGGUGAAAAAGUAAAGCUACAGAUCUGGGACACAGCAGGCCAAGAGAGAUUUCGGUCCAUUACCCAGAGUUAUUACCGAAGCGCCAAUGCCUUGAUCCUCACCUAUGACAUAACCUGUGAGGAAUCCUUCCGUUGCCUUCCUGAGUGGCUGCGAGAAAUAGAACAAUAUGCCAGUAACAAGGUCAUCACUGUGCUAGUGGGCAACAAGAUUGAUCUGGCUGAGAGGAGAGAGGUCUCUCAACAGAGAGCUGAAGAAUUCUCAGAAGCUCAAGACAUGUAUUAUCUGGAGACCUCGGCCAAGGAAUCAGAUAAUGUGGAGAAACUCUUCCUGGACUUAGCAUGCCGACUCAUCAGUGAAGCCAGGCAGAACACACUUGUGAACAGUGUAUCCUCACCCUUACCUGGAGAAGGGAAAAGCAUCAGCUAUUUGACUUGUUGUAAUUUCAACUAAAGAUUGAGGCAAGGAGAAGGAAGAGGAAUCAGCAGCUGCCCUGAUGGGCCACCAGUUACUAGGGGAUCUGGCAAUGACUAUGACUCCUGCUCUCAGACCUUCUGACUCCUGUGGGCUUCUGAGCUUACAAAGCAUGGCAGGCCAAGGGCCUUGUCUGCAGGCCAGCAUUAGCAGAACAUAAAAUGGUUUUACCCUUUUGCGGUCUGGAGUUGGAGCAAAGCAAAAAUUGCACUAGGCGCUCCAUGAUCUGCAGAGCAUGUUGCUUUUAUUUUUUUAAAAAGCAAGUAAGCGCAUUCCUGAACACAAUCCAGGGGGAAAUGUACUGUAGGAAUCCCUCCUGUGCACCGGUGGGAGCAUGUGGGGACUGUUCUUU